UUAGUUACUUUACAACUCUGGGAUUAGAUACACAAUAAAGGCAUACUUACAGCUUUAAUAUGUGCAACUAUUAUUCUCUAGAAAAGGCAUCUCCUCCUCCCUGAGACGGCAUCACUCCACACCCUGGAUCACUCCUGCCCUCCCUCCCUCUCCCACCCUCACUGUCCACAUCCUUUAAAACCCAUCACUCCCAUCCCAUAGCUCUCACACGUUCUGACUUUUCCCACCUGGAAUUGACACAUUUGUUUUCAGGAGACAGAAAUGAGCGACAUGAUGACAAGAGGACAUUUUUUUCUAUCCAAAUAAAUUACUUUUAAUGUUUGGGGAAUUCAACUUUUCUUUUUCUAUUUGAUGAUUUUUUUUUAGAUGGACCUUUUUAUGUCUAAAAGAUGAGUUUGAUGAGACACGUUAAAGUUUGUCCAGCAGUCCUGUAAGUAUGCUUCUUCCGGCAGUUACAGCAUGGAAAAACAAGCUGGGGAUGAAUUUUGCCAGUGAAAGUUUUGUUGCGUUUUGAACUUUGAUCAACCGCGAAACAAAAAGAAACAACUUGUCUGUCACAGAGAUAUGAACUGAUAGACAGGGACCGUCCCCUGAUUCUGGACCAAAACCAUUAAUCCACACCAAAGAGAAUAAAAAAUAACCAGGAGGACUGAAGAGGUGGAGGAGGGCAGCGGCGUGCUGUCCAACGACUCAGCCUGACGCACGGAGACGGACAGACGGACAGUCUGAUGCCAACUGUCUCCCCUGUCAGUCUCACGGCACCACUCCUCCUCCUGCUGCUAUGGGCAACCCACCCCGCCAUGGCAACCAACUGGCUCUCCCUGGCAAGGCUGCCUCGCUCCAGGCCUGUGUCUGGAGCUGCUCCAUGUGCACGACUGAGGGGGUUGACCCCAGGGCAGGUGGGGGUGUGCAGGGCACGGGGGGAGGUUAUGGAGUCUGUACGCAAGGCAGCAGAGAUGGUUAUAGAAGAGUGUCAGCACCAGUUCAGGAAUCGCCGCUGGAACUGUUCCACCACUCCACGUGGGAUCAACGUAUUUGGCAGAGUGAUGAAUCAAGGCACUCGUGAGGCAGCCUUUGUGCACGCUUUGUCCUCAGUGGCCGUGGCAGUGGCUGUGACCCGGGCCUGCACCCGUGGGGAGCUGGAGAGGUGUGGCUGUGACAGAAAGGUCAAGGGGGUCAGCCCCGAAGGCUUCGAGUGGUCAGGGUGCAGCGACAACCUGUCGUACGGCGUGGCUUUCUCCCAAACAUUUGUGGAUGAACCGGAGCGGGCCAAGGGGCUGUCAGCAGGACGCCCGCUCAUGAACCUGCACAACAACGAGGCCGGCCGAAAGGCCAUCCUUCACAACAUGCAGGUGGAGUGUAAGUGUCACGGCGUCUCCGGGUCCUGUGAGUUGAAAACUUGCUGGAAGGUCAUGCCUCCAUUCAGACGUGUCGGUGUUGUGCUCAAGGAACGCUUCGACGGAGCCACAGAGGUCCGUUUGACUCGUAUUGGAUCUAGGCCAGCUCUUCUCCCCCGUGACCCCCAUGUCAAACCCCCCGCUGCCAGAGACCUUGUGUAUCUCGCACCUUCCCCAGAUUUCUGCCAUCUUGAUCCUGAAAACGGUAUUCCUGGAACAGCUGGACGGAGAUGCAACGGGACGUCUCGGCUGGCGCCAGAUGGCUGUGAGCUGGUGUGUUGCGGACCAGGUUACAGAGCGGGUCGAGCCGAGGUGGUGCAGCGCUGCUCCUGCAAGUUUUCGUGGUGCUGCUCGGUCCGUUGCCAGCAGUGCAAGAACACGGUCACCAUUCACACCUGCAGAGUGUAAAACAGCUCAAACAGAACCAGGAUGAGCAAGCAGAACCUCAACACACAAACAAGAUGGCACGAGGGAACACAAAACCUCUUAAAGGCAACAGCGAGCAAAUUUUUUAUUUCAACUUUGGCACCAAACUCUAUCAUYCAGAGUUUGUUUCUUUGUAACAAUACUUUUUGCCUAUAAAUCUUGUACUGCUGGAAAUCCUGUUUAUUUCCCUUUAAAUGGUGCCACAUUUGUUAGGAAAUGGACUUGUGUGAUUAUUUAUAGGACAGGACAACUKAAGUCUAAAAAAUUACCUAAUUGGUACCUGUUUGUCAGCUCCUGUGAGCAACCAGUGGCAAUCCCAUAUAUCAUCUGAGACCAAGCUCAKCCAGGGAUGACAAGAAUCACCCCAACAAAAACAGACUUAUCAGAGAUUACACACAUAUUUGAAAAGAGGUUGCAAUUGCGUCCCUGCAGCCCCUGUGGCUGUGUAAGGUUCUUCCACAUGCUAGUGAGGCCUUUGUUUUUGAAAUAAUGAAUUGUUAAAUUGCCAAAACAUCUUGUCUUUAGAUUUUAAAUAUCCAAUCAAAACUAAACACCAGCUAACAAGAGUUAUARCAGAAUAAGCGGAUUGUCAAAGAAGUUUUGGCAAGUUUUAUCCUCUUCAUUUAAGGAGAAAUAGACAGGCUUUCCAACAAGAGAAGAUUUUUGCCAAGAAUCAUUACAACAAAGAACUAAUCAUCCAAACACAAAUGUUCUUAUUUUUGUACUGUUUAUGUAUCCCACUUUAAAUAGGCUCUAUAAUGUUAAAGCUGUAAAACAUUUUAUAAAGGUAAAAAGGACGUUAUAAUAAAAACUUAUGCUCAAAUUAAAACACAAACACAUGCAACACAACAGUAACUCAAUGACCUGACAAAGCUUUUGAAGCUGAACUUAGAAAAGUUGCCACUUUAUUUUUUUCUUUUGUUAAAACGUUUUUUAUUGUGUUUUAAACUAGCACGUCUUCGAACAUUUUACUGUAUUUAUGUUUUCUUUUUUGAUUCUGGUUUAUUUAUUUAUCUAUCAGUUUUUGCUUCUUUUCUAUUCAGCCGUGAGCAGCAAGAAUAACCUUUACUUACAUCUGUGUCUGUUUUCAGUUUUUGCCCUUUGACAUCAUGUGAAAUUCUUCAACUUGUUCCUGCAGAGGCAGCACUUUAGGGUCUGCUCAGAAACCUAAUAAAUUUAUAGUUGAUCUAAAAUAA